AUGCGUUCCACCGCCUCCACCAUCGCUGUCCUGUUUGCUGUUGUGGGCCUGUCGUCCACGCAGACCAUUGACCCCGACUCGGUCUCGAUCGAGAACCGAAACCAGUGGUGUCUUGCCCAGAAGUCGCAAUGCCCGCUCAUCUGCCUUCAAACCAACACGGACGCCACCACCGAGUCCAACACGUGUGACACGUCAACCCUCGCGUACUCGUGCGUUUGUGCGGACGGACUCUCGCCGAACAUCUCGCAGUACAGCCAGACGAUGCCCUACUUCAUCUGCACUGAGAACAACAACCGUUGCGUGACUGCCUGCAGCAGCGGCGACAACCAGUGCGCGAGCGAUUGCCGCACAAAGAACCUCUGCGGAGCCCAGAACCCGACUCGGGUCAAUACCACGACUACCGCCAGCACCUCGACUGCUUCGGCCACGUCGAGCUCGACCAGCGGCGGGUCCGACUACAGCAGCUUUGGCGACGGCAAUUCGGGGGAUUCGUCGAGCUCUGGAUCUGGGAGCAGCGGUGCUGGUGCCCUGGCUCUUGAUCUGGGCGCCAAGUAUGGGCUGGCCAUGGUCGUCAGCGGCCUGGUCGGCGGCGCAGCCAUUCUGCUGUGA